AUGGCUUUAGUGCGAGCCCAACCAGGUGAGAUCAGGGAAGCCAUCGAGCAACUACUGGAAGAAAAGGGUGUCAUUGCUGGCAACAUUACCCACACAAUGCUCGAGAAGAUGUUGAAGAAUACCGUCAAAUCUAUUGUCGAGUCAAGCACAACCAGCCAAGCUCAAUCACCACAUGAAAAUGAGGAAUGCGCAGUCCCGCGUCCCAUUCACAACUGGGGCGGUCGUUGGCACAUGCUGCCUGAAGACUUCUUGCUACCCUCUGCGGACGUUGCCACUGCAUGGAACUUAUGGUGGUGUGGAUCUCCUUCGCGGGGUAUUCCACCGCUGUACAGACUAGACGCGCGGGAUUUCACCAAAAAGCAAGCCAAGAUUUUCUGUGAGUGGAGCUUUGCGGUGCAUGAACUCCAGGAAAUCUAUUCCAACGCUUGCGGAAGCGAUAUGAGUCGUCCGUACAUCUCAGCCACGGGCUGCAAGUCCAUGUCGAGGUUGGUCGGAGCCGCCAUUAGUGGGCGUGAUCUCGUCAACUGCACCACCAAAGACAGUGAAAUCAAUCCCAUUUCCGCAGGAUACCUUUGGGGUUAUGCCACCGGCAGCCAUGAUGAUACCUGUGGUUACGGUGAGCCGUGCCAUGUCUUGUUCGCGGCACGGUACGGCUCGACUGCUGUUAUGCACGAGGAGAGGCUGCGGAACAUCAUGGUGGUGGAGACUUCAAAGCAAUAG